UGGGCUCACCAGGGCCGUGGCUAGCCCAGUCGGGAACUGAGAACAAGCAAAACACUCCCGCGAAUCCUUUUCCUCGAAAUUUGAUGCCGGCAAUCCGCGGAGCCGCAUGAGCCCUGAGUUGGAUGUUCGCUGGGAGAGUGACCAGCUUGCUGAGUCAGCAAGGGGCAUAAUGUAUCGAACGGUAUCUCGCAAUUCUCAGCCCCUUAUCUCGACCAUGAAGCACGACACUCCCCACUUACUCCCCAGUUCCGUUCUCAAGCGAUAACUUCAUAAUGGAGUCCUUGCAGCCUCUCGGGCCCAACUAUGCCGCAGCAAUCAAGCUGAUUGACGAGGCACAUGCCCAGGACCCAAACACCACCGCCGCGCCGGUCGACGGGGAGUCCGUCCCCAUCCCCUACGAGCUUCACUAUGCCCGGAAAAUGACGCGCUGGCUGGCCUCGCGCAAGCCGGACGCCUCGCCCGCGCUACAACUUGCCUGCCGGGCGCAGCACUUUCGCCGCUGGGAACUGCCGCGCUCCAGCUACCCCAUGACGCGUGCAGGCUACCUGACGUGGCGCGCGAAGCAGAAGGCGCAAGCGGCGGCGCAGGUGGCCGAGCUGCUGUCCUCGUCGCCGGCCAUCCAGCCGCCGCUGACUCAGGGCGAGAUCGAGCGGGUGGCGGCGCUGGUGAGGAAGGAGAACCUGCAGAGCGACGAGGAGACGCAGGUGCUCGAGGACGUGGCCUGUCUUGUGUUCUUGGACGACCAAUUUGACAGCUUCGAGAAGAAGAGCGAGAUUGACGAGGAGAAGAUGGUGGGCAUUCUGCGGAAGACGUGGGCGAAAAUGAGCGAAGAGGGGCGGAAAUUGGCGCUGGGGAUGCAGUUGAGUGACAGGGCAAAGACGCUGAUCCAGAAAGCGCUGGACGGCUGAGGAACACAGAGAGGGCUGCACUUCUUGGUGCCCGUGUCUUCCAACUUCAAAUUCCUGACGUGCAUAGGUGGGGGAGCUCCUUCCUCCGCAGACCCCAGCCGGACGGCCACCUAAGCCGGUGCCUGAUUGCGGCGUCUCGGGUCUCCACCUCAAUGCUUGGCUACCC